AUGAACAAGAAAGAUGAUUCCCACUCCGUUGAGAAUAUUAGUAUGAAUGUUGAAACAUGUGUUAAAGAUUCAUAUGGAGAACCCUUGGUUAAACCUCAUGAUGAACCAAACGUUGAAGCAUCUGCUCCAAUUUAUAGUAAAGCUCUGACUAAGAUCACUGAACUUGGAGUGGAUAUUCCAGCGAAUGAUGUGUUACAAAAAAUAAUGCUUUUGAUGAGUUGGGAAAAGAUCAUUAUCAGUUCAUGGUACCCGAGGAUCGAGACAAAAGUAAUGGUGAAGCUCGGGAAGAUGAUGACCAACCAUUAG